AUAAGGGACACCUUCCUGCUCUUCAAUUUCAUCUCAACACUCUCAUUUUAUCACUGAACUUCCUCCUCCUCCUCCUCCGACAACGUCCCGGCCACCGGUCAUGGCCGCCGCUGCAAGCUCUCUCUCCACCUUCUCCUCCCUUUCCAUUCGAACUCCUCCUUCGCGAGUUAAUAAUCCUCACCAAAUUCUCCCCUCAUCUUGCCUCCCAAAACCUCCACAACCUUCAGCAUUUCACCUUCCAAUUUCCUCCAAAUUAACCCCCAUCAGGGUCUCUCCUUCCGACAUUGACACCACCUUUUUCGACAACGUAGACCCAGAAGAAAUCAACACCUUCGAUCCCCCGGAACCCCCGGAAGGCUUUGUUCCCCCACCUUAUUUCGAUGAAGGGCCGGUUGAGACAGAGGAAGAAAUAGCUCUAGCCUAUGAAGAACUGUACGGGCCAGGUUACAGCGGGGAAACUUUCCUGGGAAAUGAUAUUAAUGUUAUGGAUAAGGCCAAGAAGACAACUACUGGGUUUGGGGCUGGGGGCAAAAGAGAAAAGGUCAAAGAUGGGUUUGAUGAGAGGGUCGUGCAAGUGAGGAGAGUGACUAAGGUUGUUAAAGGUGGGAAGCAAUUGCAUUUCAGGGCUGUGGUGAUUGUUGGCGACAAGAAGGGUCAAGUUGGUGUUGGAGUCGGCAAAGCUAAAGAAGUUGCUGCUGCCGUUCAGAAGUCUGCUGCUAAUGCUCGGAGGAAUAUCAUCUCCGUUCCAAUGACCAAAUAUUCUACUUUCCCUCACAGAGCUGAUGGUGAUUUUGGUGCUGCAAAAGUGAUGCUGAGACCUGCUUCCCCUGGUACUGGUGUGAUUGCUGGAGGAGCCGUGAGAAUUGUACUUGAAAUGGCCGGAGUUGAGAAUGCUCUAGGGAAGCAGCUCGGGAGUAACAAUGCCCUCAAUAAUGCAAGAGCUACAGUGGUGGCUGUGCAGAAAAUGAGACAAUUUCGUGAAGUCGCAGAGCAACGUGGUAUACCCAUGGAAGAACUGUGGAAAUGAAGGAGUGAGCACGCAUUUUUGUUCUUCUCACUGUAGAAAUUUCGUGCUAAUGUAAUUCCCUACUAUAUUCCUUUUGAUUCAUUGAUACAAAAAGUAUGGAAUGCACAACAGAUGCUAAUUCCAUUUCCUUUAAUCACCACCCCUAAAUCCUUCGGCUCAGCAAGAAAUCUUGGCAAAUUAAAAACCUAUCUCCUUUUUGAAUAAAUUAUUAGCGCGACUAACCCUACACGAAUUGACACUCGGA